AACCCUCCUGUCCUGGGACGCACGAAGAGCGCACUUGUUUGCGUUUUUUGUUAAAGCCCUAAUACCUUCACUGUGAAGGCUGGGCGCUGGGAAAGAGGAUCUGGCCCUCUUUGUGGCGGAGAGAAGAGGCUGAAAUCCCCCCCUCACAUAUGGCUCUUCGUUAGGACAGUUAUUUAUUCUGGAUCGUGGAAGGAGCGGCAAGUAAAUAAGAAGUCACCUGAAGUCUCAUUCACUUUGUGGGACCAAAAAUGGAGAUGCAAAGGUGGUCCACAAGGUGGAAGACGAAAAGUCUGUUUAUGGAUUCCACUAUAACUGCAUUCAUCACUUUAACACUGCUUCUGCAGGCUGCUAAUGUCAGAGCAGCAGAGCCAGUGGAUGUCCUAAAUGUGUUAGCGUUUCAUAAUUACCCUGAAGGAGUAUCAAAAACAACGGGAUUUUGUGCAAACCGAAGAGCGUCGAAGCCGGACUCAGCCUACAGAGUUUCCAAGCAGAUCCAGAUCAGUGCCCCCACCACACAGUUAUUCCCUGGUGGUGUAUUUCCUGAGGAUUUCUCCAUCCUGACCACAGUGCGCCCCAAGUCUGGCCUCCAGUCCUUCUUGCUGUCUAUUUACAACGAACAAGGAGUUCAGCAGCUAGGUGUGGAAGUGGGACGCUCACCUGUUUUCCUAUAUGAGGAUCAAACCGGCAAGCCAGCCCCGGAGGACUACCCCCUGUUCAACUCUCUCAACCUCGCUAAUGGAAAGUGGCACCGUGUGGCCAUCAGUGUUGAGAAGAAUACUGUCACCAUCAUUGUAGACUGUAAGAAGAAGAUCACUAAGCCUCUGCUAAGGAGUGACCGAGCCUCCAUCAGCACCGAUGGCAUCACUGUGUUUGGCACCAGGAUUCUGGAAGAGGAGGUUUUCGAGGGCGACAUCCAGCAGCUUCUGAUUGUUCCUGAUCCCAAAGCAGCGUACGACUACUGUGAACAUUACAGCCCAGACUGUGAAACUCCGCACAAGGAUUCACUUCAGGCACAGGAACCAGAGGAAGAGUACAUUACUGAUGAUUUAGAUUACAAUCAGUUGUAUGAUUACUCUGAAGAACCAACAGAAACCAUCCCAACUGAUGAUGAAUACCUGGGAUCAAAGCUUUUACAGAGAAACAAACGUAGUGUCCCCAUGAAAAAGAAGACAACCAGAAAGUCUCCCAGUAAAACUAAGUACCAGCCUUCAAAGUACUCGGCUGUGAAAAAAAGUUCAGUUAAAAUGUCUGUACCUAAGAAGAGGAUAUUUGACUACCAGGCCACAGCUCCUGCACGACCCAGAGGCAGUUCUAGGCUAAACAAUGUAGAUGGAGAUUACUAUACAUACACUGACUUCGGAAAUCUAGAUGAUACUCAAACUCAGUCCCCUGUUGCCACGAGCGGACCAAGCCAGGCUGUAAAGGAGGAUUUGGUUGGUGGGUACGUCACAGAGACCCCUUCUAUUGCUCCGGAGCCCGAAGCUGUAGUGGAAACAGUGGACAACCUGGACACUGGUGCAGAAGCUUAUGACUCUAAGGACUAUGACCUGACCGAUUAUGACUUGGGCAAGUUUGACAGCAAGUUGUAUGAUUAUGGAGCAUAUGAUGAGUAUGGGGUCCUCCCAUCUAAAUCCCCGCCAGCCUAUGAUGAGGAAGUGGGGCCUGGGGUUGCUGCUGAAACAGACUUUUCUGAAAGCACAGGUCCUGGUUCUGAGGCUGUCUUUGGACAGAAGGGUGAAAAAGGCGAGCCAGCUGUGAUUGAACCUGGUCUUCCUGGUCGUGCCGGUCUUCCUGGUGCUGAUGGCUUACCAGGACCACCAGGUACCAUGCUGAUGCUCCCAUUUCGCUUUGGUGGAGAUGGUGAGAAGGGUCCGGUGGUGUCGGCGCAAGAAGCCCAAGCACAGGCCAUCCUUUCCCAGGCCAGACUGGCUAUGAGGGGACCUCCGGGGCCAAUGGGCUUGACAGGAAGAUCUGGACCAGUGGGUCCACCUGGACAAGGUGGGUUGAAAGGUGAAAGUGGAGACCCUGGUCCUCAGGGGCCACGUGGCAUCCAAGGACCCCCAGGACAACCUGGCAAAAUUGGAAAAAGAGGUCGGGCUGGUGCAGAUGGUGCUCGAGGAAUGCCUGGAGAGCCAGGCUCUAAGGGUGACCGCGGCUUCGAUGGACUCCCUGGACUCCCUGGAGAAAAGGGUCACAGGGGGGAGCCGGGGCGAAUGGGACCACCAGGAGCCCCAGGAGAGGACGGACAGAGAGGCGAAGAUGGAGAGAUUGGUCCCAGAGGAUUGGCUGGAGAGAGUGGUCCCAGAGGUUUGCUCGGACCUCGUGGUCCUCCAGGACCUCCCGGAGUGCCAGGCGUUGCCGGAGUUGAUGGACCACCAGGUCCCAAAGGAAACAUGGGCCCACAAGGGGAACCAGGCCCACCCGGCCAGCAGGGGAUCCCUGGAACACAGGGGCUUCCUGGUCCUCAAGGUCCGAUCGGACCGCCUGGAGAAAAGGGACCUCAGGGCAGGUCAGGGCUUCCUGGAUUACCUGGAGCUGAUGGACCUCCUGGUCAUCCCGGUAAGGAGGGUCCACCUGGAGAAAAAGGUUCACAGGGUCCACUGGGUCCUCAAGGUCCUAUUGGUUAUCCUGGCCCUCGGGGUGUAAAGGGAGCUGAUGGGGUUCGUGGUCUAAAGGGAUCAAAAGGAGAGAAGGGUGAGGACGGUUUUCCAGGUUUUAAGGGAGACAUGGGAAUCAAAGGCGACCGGGGUGAAAUCGGUAUGCCUGGAGCCCGUGGAGAGGAUGGACCGGAGGGGCCGAAAGGCAGAGCUGGCCCAAACGGAGAAUCUGGACCACUUGGUCCAGCAGGAGAGAAGGGUAAACUUGGGGUCCCAGGAUUGCCAGGUUAUCCUGGACGACAAGGACCUAAGGGCUCCAGUGGAUUUCCCGGAUUCCCCGGAGCAAACGGCGAAAAAGGAGCAAGGGGCAUUGCUGGUAAACCUGGGCCUAGAGGACAAAGAGGUCCAACGGGUCCUCGGGGGGCUCGAGGAGCCAGGGGUCCAACAGGCAAACCUGGUCUCAAGGGCACAGCGGGAAACGACGGCCCCCCCGGCCCGCCUGGCGAGAGAGGACCUCAAGGACCUCAGGGUCCAGUGGGCUUUCCUGGACCAAAGGGCCCUCCUGGACCACCUGGAAAGGACGGGCUUCCUGGACACCCAGGACAGCGUGGAGAGACGGGUUUCCAAGGGAAAACUGGCCCACCUGGACCAGGAGGUGUUGUCGGGCCUCAGGGACCCACUGGUGAGACCGGUCCUGUUGGUGAGAGGGGACAUCCCGGGCCCCCAGGCCCACCUGGAGAGCAAGGUCUUCCUGGAGCUGCUGGCAAGGAGGGAGCCAAGGGUGAUCCUGGACCACAAGGCUCCUCUGGUAAAGACGGUCCCCCAGGCCUUCGCGGCUUCCCUGGAGAAAGAGGUCUACCUGGAGCAACGGGCCCGGCUGGUCUGAAGGGAGGAGAGGGGCCCCAGGGUCCACCUGGUCCUGUUGGUUCUCCUGGUGAAAGAGGUCAGGCUGGUCCAGCUGGCCCAAUUGGGUUGUCUGGUAGACCUGGUCCUCAGGGUCCUCCAGGUCCUGCUGGGGAGAAAGGAGCUCCUGGCGAGAAAGGACCUCAAGGUCCAGCUGGCCGUGAUGGUGUCCAAGGUCCUGUUGGUCUCCCUGGGCCCGCUGGACCCCAGGGCCCACCCGGAGAGGAUGGUGACAAGGGAGAGGCUGGAGAACCAGGACAAAAAGGAAGCAAGGGUGAUAAGGGAGAGCAGGGUCCUCCUGGACCAGCUGGAAUCCAAGGUCCUAUUGGGGCUCCUGGUCCUGCUGGAUCUGAUGGAGAGCCUGGUCCCAGAGGUCAACAGGGGAUGUUUGGACAGAAGGGAGAUGAGGGUUCAAGAGGUUUCCCUGGACCCCCUGGUCCCAUUGGUCUGCAGGGACUUCCUGGUCCUCCGGGCGAAAAGGGAGAAAAUGGCGAUGUUGGGCCCAUGGGUCCUCCUGGUCCUCCUGGUCCCAGAGGUCCUCAAGGCCCCAGUGGAGCUGAUGGUCCACAAGGUCCUCCAGGUGGUGUGGGCCCCGUAGGAUCAGUAGGAGAGAAGGGUGAACAAGGUGAGGCUGGAAACCCAGGACCACCCGGAGAGCCUGGAACUGGGGGACCUAAAGGUGAGAGAGGAGAAAAGGGAGAAGCAGGACCCCCUGGAGCUGCUGGACCUGCUGGCGCCAAAGGACCCCCUGGAGAUGAUGGUCCGAAGGGCAACCCUGGACCUGUUGGCUUCCCUGGAGACCCAGGCCCCCCUGGAGAGCCAGGUGUUGCUGGUACUGAUGGAGAACCAGGAGAGAAAGGAGAGGAUGGUGAGCCUGGUCAACCAGGACCCCCUGGUCCAUCAGGAGAGGCUGGCCCACCUGGUCCACCUGGCAAGAGAGGACCUCCUGGAGCUCUUGGAGCAGAGGGCAGGCAAGGAGAAAAGGGCGCUAAGGGUGAAGCAGGUGCUGAGGGUCCUGCUGGUAAAACGGGACCUGUUGGCCCCCAAGGACCUCCUGGGAAGCCAGGUCCAGAGGGUCUGCGCGGAAUCCCUGGCCCUGUUGGUGAACAAGGGCUGCCCGGUGCCCCAGGACAGGAUGGUCCACCAGGUCCGAUGGGACCUCCAGGUCUUCCAGGCUUGAAAGGUGAUCCUGGCUCGAAAGGUGAAAAGGGUCACCCAGGUUUGAUUGGUCUGAUUGGACCCCCUGGAGAGCAAGGAGAGAAAGGAGAUCGAGGUCUUCCCGGGCCCCAGGGUACUCCCGGAGGCAAGGGUGAUGCUGGUAUUAGUGGAGCUGCUGGUCCUCUAGGUCCUCCUGGUCCCCCUGGUCUACCUGGUCCUCAAGGUCCUAAGGGAGCUAAGGGUUCAAGUGGUCCUGCUGGUCCAAAGGGAGACACUGGUUCAAUUGGUCCCCCUGGUCCUCCUGGCCCCCCUGGUGAGGUUAUCCAGCCUCUACCCAUUCAGUCACCCAAGAAGACCAAGCGCUCCAGUGACACGCAGUCAGAUGCCACUGGCUUCUGGGAUUAUGGCCAAGGCAUGGAGGACAUCUUUGGCUCACUCAACAAUCUCAAACAGGACAUUGAACGGAUGAAAUACCCCAUGGGAACACAAAACAACCCAGCCAGAACAUGCAAAGACCUCCAACUGUGCCACCCUGAGUUCUCCGAUGGGGAGUACUGGAUCGAUCCAAACCAAGGCUGCUCUGGAGACUCUUUCAAAGUCUACUGUAACUUCACAGCUGGGGGUGAAACCUGCAUUUAUCCAGAUAAAAAAUCCAAUGGAGUCAGACUAUCCUCUUGGCCUAAGGAUGUUCCAGGUUCAUGGUUCAGUGAAUUUAAGCGCGGUAAAUUAUUUUCCUAUGUAGACGCUGAUGGAAACUCGAUCAACAUGGUGCAAAUGACCUUCCUCAAACUACUGACAGCCUCAGCCAGGCAAAACUUCACCUACAACUGCCACCAGUCUGUGGCAUGGCACGAUGCGUCCAGCGACAGCUACGAUAAGGCGCUGCGGUUCCUGGGCGCCAACGAUGAGGAGAUGUCUUACGACAACAAUCCUUACAUUCAGGCCAUCUCAGAUGGAUGUUCGACACGACAUGGCAAUGGAAAGACUGUAUUGGAGAUCAAUACUCCCAAAAUUGAUCAGGUUCCAAUCGUCGAUGUCAUGUUGACUGAUUUCGGAGACCCGAACCAGAAGUUUGGGUUUGAAGUAGGACCUGUCUGCUUUCUUGGAUAAACAAAAUUCAAACAAAAGACUUGAUGAGGACAGCGAAUAAAGUCAAGCCAGGACAUCCUGGGUGCCACCAAGCCCCCAUUUUAAGCCCCGCCCCCACCCUUUUCUAUGCCACAUGCAAGUUUUGAAUGAGAGUUGACGUAGCAAACAUGUCUUUCCAUGUAUGCUCGUGUAAUCCUGGAAAUGCGUGUUGCCCUCGUAGGGCCUGAACCACAUGACUAAAGCACGGUAGAAAAAAUGGGGAAGGACAUCAGAGCGAGUGGCUGACGAGAAGAGGUCGGAGGUGAACAACAGACGGGGUCUGGUGACAUGAGGUGAAACAGAUCUCUUCACUGAAUUCUCCAGGUGCUGUGAUGAAAAUAACAACAAUGGUGCUGAUCAAAAAAAAAAAACACAAAAAGUAUAUAGUGGUGCUAAGAAAGAAGGUGUAUUUUGAUAAUUAUAAAAAAAUGUAAUUAUUAUUUUGUACAAUACUGUUAUUUCUAAAUCCACUUUCAAAACUUGCAUGUGUAUCAGAACCUGCUUUGGGCUCAAAUGUAUACAGAGUAAGUUAAAUCCAUCAUUACUUCUGGUUUUUGUCAUUUUUUCUCUACAUUCCGUGUAUUUGUCAUGAAGCAAAUAAAAACAAGCAUUUAAAUAAUGUUCUAUUCCAAAUUAAACUGCAUGCCCCGUUGUAUAUACUGUCUGUCCAAAGCUUAAGGUUUCUUGCUGUUUCACUCUUGUGACUGAAGGUGAAACAAUUGCAUCUUACACAUCAGCACAAAUAGGGCAACAUCUCCCACUAAUGUUGUGAUCCUGUGCUCCUAGAAGGCAAUUACGUCCUCGUUUUUAUCUUUAUUUAAUUAUAUUUGUUGUUUUUGUUUCUUUCGGUUUCACUUUUUAUGACUGGCUUUUGCUUCGGUUGUAUACCUCAGAGUUUCUCAAUAACCUUUAAAAAAGCAAGGAUUCUAUUCCCUGUAUAUACCCUGAUUUAA